UAACGGACGAUGCGCGGAAGCUGCUAACCCGCUGAAUUUGAGUCAAAACAUGGGCGAUCAACCAGUAAGAGUCUUGGCAUGUGGGGACGUAGAAGGCAGACUGACCGGACUCUUCAGUCGAGUUCAGUCCAUCCAGAAGAAAUCUGGACAGUUUGACCUUCUGCUGUGUGUUGGAGAGUUUUUUGGAGCAACACCUGAAGCUGAAGCAGAGUGGCAACAAUACAAAACUGGAGCCAAGAAAGCGCCCAUCCACACGUACAUCUUGGGUGCAGCGAGUCCGGAGACGGUGAAGAACUUCUCCAGCUCUGAUGGCUGCGAGUUGGCCGAGAACAUCACGUAUCUGGGGAGGCGAGGUGUGUUUACGGGCGCGUCCGGACUGCAGAUCGCCUACAUCAGCGGCCGGGAGGCCCCGCAGGAACCGGCCCCGGCUCAUUGCUUCACGUCCGCAGACCUCUCGGCCCUCGUCACGUCGCUGAGCAGCAGCUCCAAGUUCAGAGGAGUCGAUAUCUUGUUGACGUCGCAGUGGCCCAGAGGAGUGUGGCACUACGGAAACGCCCCGGAAGUGAACACCAAGUUGUGCGGCAGCAGCUCGGUCGCGAGCCUCGCCGACAGACUGAAGCCACGCUACCACUUCGCCGGACUAGAGGGCUCUUACUAUGAAAGACUCCCGUACAGGAACCAUGUGGUUCUCCAGGAGAACGCUCAGCACGUCAGCCGCUUCAUCGCCCUGGCACCGUUCAACAACUCUGCCAAGAAGAAGUACGUCUACGCCUUCAACAUCAUCCCCAUGAAGAACAUGGAUCCGGCAGAGCUGGUGAAGCAGCCGCAGGACGUGACGGAAAAUCCUUACAGACGACCGGCAAAAGACAAGACGGACACAAAACAAGCGGCGUUCAGCGCAGCAGAGGACGAGGAGCCGGUCCACCAGUUCUUCUUUGAUCUGAGCAGCAAGCAGGGCGGGGCGUUUCAGGGCCGCGGCAGGAAGAGACCUUCAGACGGGGACGGGCGAGGUCGAGGUCAUCGUGGAGACUGGCAGCCCAAAGAGCCCCGCCGUCACCCUCAGCCCACUGGUCCGUGCUGGUUCUGUCUGGCCAGUCCUCAGGUGGAGAAACAUCUCGUUUUCAGCAUAGGAACACAUUGUUACCUGGCGCUGGCUAAAGGUCCGCUGACCCCCCGCCACGUGUUGAUCCUGCCCAUCGGCCACUACCAGUCCGUGGUGGAUUUGAGCUCCGAGGUGGUGGAGGAAAUGGAGAAGUACAAGUCGGCCCUGAGGAGCUUCUACAAGAGCAAAGGAGAGCGCUGCGUGCUGUUUGAGAGGAACUACCGGAGUCAGCAUCUUCAGCUGCAGGUCGUCCCCGUUCCACUCGAUCGCUGCACCACAGAAGACGUCAAGGAGGCGUUUACGGUCCAGGCUCAGGAGCAAAACAUGGAGUUGAUGGAGAUUCCUCAGCACACGGACCUCAAACAGAUUGCUCCUCCUGGAACUCCGUACUUCUACGUGGAGCUGGACUCAGGGGAGAAACUUUACUACAGGAUCCAGAAACAUUUCCCUCUGCAGUUUGGAAGGGAGGUUCUCGCCAGCGAGGCAGUGUUGAACAUCCCGACUCGAGCUGACUGGAAGGAGUGUAAACAGAGCAGAGAGGAAGAGGAGGAGAGCUGCAAACAUCUAAGAGACGAUUUCCAGCCGUUUGACUUCGCCUGGGACGACUAACACACACGUUCUUGUUCUUCUGUUAAUGCGAGGACUUUGAAUUAUGGUGCAUUGUGAGGACCAUUGUCAUAAUUCAUUCUCAUUUCAGCUCAAGCCUCAUCCCCCACAUCAUCAGCUUGUUGUCUUUACGCUGCAAGAAACAUGUACGCAGUAUUUAAAAAAAAAUUUUUGGGGGGAUGUGUGUAAACAUGAAUUUUGUCAAACCAACCUUUUGUUUUACAAAUUUAGAUUCAAAUUAAAAUGUUAAAAUUGA